AUGAGGAUAAUCAUUAAAGGUGGAAUCUGGAAAAACACUGAAGACGAGAUUUUAAAAGCUGCUGUUAGCAAGUAUGGAAAAAAUCAGUGGGCCCGCAUUUCAUCCUUGCUAGUUAGAAAGUCACCAAAACAAUGUAAAGCAAGAUGGUAUGAAUGGCUGGAUCCUAGUAUUAAAAAAACUGAAUGGUCAAAGGAAGAAGAUGAAAAACUUCUUCAUUUAGCAAAAUUGAUGCCAACGCAAUGGCGAACUAUCGCUCCAAUUGUUGGAAGAACGCCAUCUCAAUGUCUUGAAAGAUACCAGAGAUUGCUUGAUGAAGCAGAAGCUAAAGAAGGAUUGGAUUUGACUGGACCGGCGGGUGAUACAGGUCCGAGUGCUGAUGAUGUUCGAAGACUUAGACCUGGAGAGAUUGAUCCUGAUCCAGAAACAAAGCCUGCAAGGCCCGAUCCUGUCGAUAUGGACGAAGAUGAGAAGGAAAUGUUAUCAGAGGCUCGUGCUAGAUUGGCCAAUACUCAAGGCAAAAAAGCGAAGCGAAAGGCACGUGAAAAGCAACUAGAAGAAGCUCGACGUCUAGCUUCCCUGCAAAAAAGACGUGAAUUAAAAGCUGCGGGUAUUGAAUUGAAAGUGAAAAAGAAGAAGAAGGGCAUGGAUUAUAAUGCAGACAUACCAUUUGAAAAAAGACCAGCAUUAGGAUUCUAUGAUACUACUGAAGAAAGAAAUCGACAACCAGAGAUGAGUCUCACCAACGAUGAAGCCGAGGGUGGUCUCAUUAAUUUUGUACCUGCAAGAAAUGCGCAAUUAAAUAAAUUAAAACAAGCAGAACAAAUUAACAAACGAAGAAAAUUAAUUCUUCCUGCACCACAA